CAAUAAAUAUAACCUCUUAAAAUUCGAAUGACAAAUUCUUGUUUAAUUAUAAUUUGUAUUUCUUGUGAAGCACACAUGUAAGGAAACUAUAAUAUCAGAUAUAACAAAAUGGUUUUAAUAAGUAGGAUUUUGUUUAGUGUAAAAGAGUUAAAAAAGCCUAGGAAGUAUCUACGAACUAAAUUUAUAGAUACAGUGAGACUUCACGUUAAAGGUGGAACAGGAGGAACAGGCCUACCAAAAUAUGGGGGAAUGGGAGGGCAAGGCGGUUGCGUAUAUUGUAUUGGAAAGGAGGAAGCAAAUUUGGGAAAAAUUAUGAGUCAACAUCGUGCCAAAACAAUAAGCGCUGGACACGGCGAAGAUAGCCGUAAAAACAGAAUUGUUGGAACACCGGGAACCGAUGUGAAACUGGAAGUGCCUCUCGGUGUCACUAUUUACCGUGAAGAUGGCCAUGUUAUAGGAUCAAUUGAUGAGGAAGGUCAAACUGUCAUAGUAGCCAGAGGUGGCCCUGGUGGGAAGCCCGAAAAUAAUUUCUUAGGUCAUUUCGGUCAGAUUUAUCACAUACGGCUAGACCUUAAAUUAAUAGCAGAUGUUGGUUUAGUUGGUUUUCCCAAUGCAGGCAAAAGUUCACUUUUAAAAGCUAUAUCAAGAGCAAAACCUCGAAUAGCAAACUAUCCGUUCACAACAGUCAAACCAAACAAAGGUGUCAUACAAUUUGAAGACAUGAGACAGAUAUCUAUUGCCGACUUACCUGGUCUCAUUGAGGGAGCACACAACAACAUUGGACUCGGACAUAAAUUCCUUAAACAUGUAGAGAGAACAAAAUUAUUAUUAUUCAUUGCUGAUGUGGAGGGAUUCCAACUUAGUCCUAAAUAUGCAAAGCGAACAUGUUUAGAAACUGUUUUACUUCUUAACAAGGAAUUGGAGCUUUAUGAUCCUGAACUAUUAGGCAAACCUGCAAUUUUAGCUGUCAAUAAAAUGGAUAUUGAAGGAUCUGAUUCAAUCUUUAAAGAGAUCAAAGAAUCUUUUCAAAAUAUACAAGAUGUGAUAAACAGACUGAGAAUACCCGAAGAAAUUAUUCCAGAAAAUAUCAUAUCAUUUGAGGAUAUUAUUGGAAUAUCAGCAUUAAAAAGAGAGGGCAUAGAUGACCUUAAGAACCUACUUAGGAAAAGAUUAGACCAAUAUGCAGAAGAGAACAAUCCAGAUAUAGUAGAUGCAAGUGAAUUGUUUAAAAAGAAUAAAGAUGUUGUGAGGGAGAGGGGACCUAGAGUCACUUAAAUUUGUACUAUUGCUAAAUAUAUCGCGUAAAUAUUACAAAUUGUUAUAGAAUAAAUUGUAUAAACUUA